ACGUGGCGUUUGCUGCAACUAAAUUGCGUAUUUCGUCGUUCAUUUCUGGCGACCACUCUAUUGCGUCUGCUCGUACGAAUGCGAGGGAGGGAUCAAGUAUGGCGUCCAACGCAUCGCCCGAGGUCCGUUCGUCCCGAGGAGGCAGCCUAAUCGUCAACGACGACGCGGCCGACAGAGAAGAAAGUCCAAUCUCUGUUGACGACAAAUCGGAGGUGGACGUACCCGAAGUUCUCACCCUACUGGGGCAAAUUUACAUCGCCGUUCAGUCUCUCGAAAGCCACGUUCGUCCGCGACCUCAGACCUCCUAUCGACAAAAGCCUCGCAUUCCGAGCUGGAUGACGAAGAAUCUGUUGCUGUUAUCACUUGUUUGGCAGAGUGCGUGCGUUUUUGGAUUGACAAUAGUUGAGCUGACAAACGACGUACCAGACAGACAGCUGAGGCGGGAUCGGACAUAUUACAUCAGUCUUGUGGUACUGGUUAUCUUUCAAACUAUUAAUCUUCUUGUCGUGAUUUUGACAUCAGUGAAGCUGACAAAGCAGGUAAUGCACCACACGGCAAGUGCAUCGUUUCUCUUCCAGUCCUAUGCAUCGACAUUGCUACUGUUUGCUGGAAUGUAUACGCUGCUGUAUCGAAUCGAGACUACCUGUUUUACUCAUGUCAUCGAUCUUGAAGGCGAGAAGUCUCUCUUGAUCGUCGAACUAUUUCUGAAGAUGUUGUAUUUGUCAUCGUCUACUGGUACAUUGUGUGGAGCUUGCAAGAUAUCUCCAGAGGUGUGGUACUCGAUUAUGCUUGUUAUGACACAAAUGCUUCUCAGUUUCGUCUACUUCGCAUCGAUUUUGUCUCAAGCAACGAGCCACCAUCGACGAUCAAACAGCGGAAAUUUAAACUCACGAAGAGGCGCACGCUCACGAACAACCACCGGAAACUUCUCUCUAACGGAGCGCACCCCACUCCAACCGUUCAAACGUUCAAGUUUUGAUGUGCUUGGUGAAGCAAGCUCUGGUAUUCAAUAGGCUUUGCACAGGUAUAUAUGUAUACUAGUCUAGCUAGACAAAAGUUUCGGCAGGAAAUAUUAUUAACUAUUAGUCUAGAUGGGGUGCUGGACAUUCCCUAGAACAUUGCUGAUGCCAUAGACAGUUGGGGUUGAGAUGUGACAUUUUAUAGAGAUCGUAUUGGCAGUUUUUUGAUUUAGUGGACGCAAAAUAUAAUGUGUGUUACUACAA